UUGUGAAAGCAUCAGUGGAAAACGGCUGAUUUGGAGAUGAUCUUUUUCAAUCAGCAAACGUGAUGUUCGGCACCCUAGGUCAAUGCAUCAGCUAAUUAUUGAGUGACCUAUUUCCAACAUCCGCGUGCCUGGUCGGUGGUGAGACAAUAAAUAAUCCUAGUUAGUUGAAUAUCAACACAGUAUUAAAGGUGACUCCUCCGGGUGUUUACGACAAUUGGUGCAAAUCGUUGUUCUAGUUGGUGAUGAUUGAAGUGUUGCUAUUGGUGGUUCUGAUAGCGAGUGUGGUGCAAUAUGUUAGGAUCCGACGAACUAUGUCCUUCGCUCGAAACCUACCGAGUGUUGAGCCUUGUUAUCCAAUCAUCGGUAACGGAUUGCUAUUCCUCGGUCAAAGUGAUGAGAAGAGGUUUGUUAAUGUCAACACAGCUUUGAGCCAUCCCGCCAAGUUGUUCAAAAUGUGGAUAGGAUUCGUACCGAUGAUCUGCACCAAUGACACAAACAUGGCUCAAAAGAUCCUUACCCAUCCGGAUUGCAUGCAAAAGCCAUACUUCUAUGAUUUCUUUAAGCUGGAAUAUGGAGUGUUUUCUGCGCACUAUGACAUUUGGAAAGGACAACGCAAGGCAUUGAAUCCUACCUUCAAUCAGAAGAUUAUAAACGGAUUUAUUCCGAUUUUCGACACUUGCGCCCAGAAUCUGACGAAACGAUUGAUGAACCAUAAAACGGUUCAAAUCAUACCAUUUAUACAACGGUGCACGUUGGAGAUGGUUUGUGCUACCACGAUUGGAACUGAUCUUAAUCGGCAGGAGGGUGCGGAUAAAUUGUCCUACUUGAUAGACAAGAUUUUCCAUUUCGUGUCCAGAAGAAUACUGAGUGUAUUUAUUCAUUUGGAGUACGUCUAUCGGCUUACUCAGGAUUAUAGAACCGAACAGAGGAUUCGAAAGGAAGCAUACAAGUACGCUAACGAGAUCUUGCGUGACGUCAGAGCUCGAAAAGCUACGGAAACGAUCGAAAGCAACGACGGUGACGAGUUCCGAAAACCUCAGAUUUUCAUUGACCAACUGCUGAACCAUCAGAUCGGGAAAAAGUUCGAGGAAAUGGAAAUCAUUCAUAACGUGUACACGAUGAUUACGGCGGGCAGCGAUACUUCCGGUAACGAGAUGGGAUACGUUUCACUGAUGCUCGCUAUGCAUCCGGGCUUGCAGGAAAAAGUGUACAGAGAAAUAAUGACUGUCUUCCCAGGCUCUAGCGAUCCAAUCAUCACUCCCGAAGCACUGAAACAGCUGCAGUAUACGGAAAUGUUCAUUAAGGAGUCUAUGCGGCUUUUCCCCGUCGGUCCGAAUAUAUUGAGAACACCAAUAAAGGACGUAGAUUUGGAUGGGUUAAUAGUGCCAAAGGGAACUUUUUUGUGCAUUAGCAUAUUCAACGCCCAUCGGCGAAAGGAAGUCUGGGGACCGAAUGCCGAUAAGUUUGAUCCGGAAAAUUUUUCUCCAGAGCGUGUCGAAGGACGGCAUCCGUUUGCGUAUCUUACGUUCAGUGGAGGAACGCGGAAUUGUAUCGGUUCUCGCUAUGCCAUGUUCAGCUUGAAGAUUAUGUCCAUCCACUUGGUGAGAAAUUUCAAACUGCGAACAAAUGCGCACAUCGAAGACCUGCAGUUCAAGUUCGAUGCCAUGCUACGGUUAUCUACUGAGCCGGAAAUCUCGCUGGAACGACGCAGAACGGGUGCAAAAAAUGCCGAGGGCGGUGAAUUGCGUCCGCUCGUUACGUCUUAAUCAGCUGAAUAAAUCUUUCUUCUACCCUUUUCUUGCGUUCACUAACUAUCAAUUGCGUUAUGCUAAUCCAGUGCAAUCUCGGGAGUAUAAUUGGCGGUAGUGGGAUUGGGUUGACUAUUAUUGUUCAGUGUGUGCGACAGUUGUAGCACCAGUCAGCUCGGAUUAGCGGUCGAGAUUUUAAGAAGUUUAGGUGUCGCACGCGGGAAAAAUGUUGGUAGUUCAAUGUCAACUUUAAUUGCA